AUGUUUUCUCUCCUGCUGGUCUGCCUCCUGCCAGCCCAUCAAAAGAGCUGCCUCCAGUUCUAGCCAGAGCUGCCUGCCCUGCUGGACUAUGACCUGCAGGUCCUCUGGGGAAGCCCAGGGCCACCUGCAGAGCUCUCUCAAAAUCGAAAUCAUUUGGAAGAGGAAACAACCACAUUCUUCAACUAUGUAGACAAGGCCAUUAAGAAGCUAAGGGAUGAUAAGUCAGCACUGCUGGAAGAGAUCCAUGUUCAUAAGGGUCUCCUGGCUGAUAGACUGAAUGAGAGAUCCCAGGUACUGAAGCAGACAGAUGUCCUCUCCCCAAUGGAAGUCACCUCAUAUGCCGACUGCCAGAUACAUUUCCUGUUCUGCAAUGACCCUGCCAUCUCCAAGAACAUACCAACCUACAAGUGGACUGUGAUCCUCAUCAACGUUUUCAUGGUCCUGGCCGUUGCUGGCGUGGGGAAAGAGAGUCAAUUGCUGCCUCCAGCAGAAGAGCAGUCUGAGUGCCAGCUGAAGAAGCAGCCCAAGAAGGUGGAGUCUGAGAGCUAA